CCAAUCAAUAGUAGUUACUAUGCAAUAUUAAAAUGACAUGACAGAAUAUUUCAAGUUCUGUUGUAGAAGAUGAAAACUAAAGAAGGGGAGCUUCUUCCUCGUGGGCGGAAGAUUCAAAACUCAAAAACCCAUUUAUAUUAUGAUCAUAAAAAUUUGAAGGCAAUCCCCCAAAUGAACUUGUCGACUGCUUGUGUUAUCUAUUUGCAUAACAAUGCCAUUUCACAAAUAGAAAAUAUACAAUCUUCCACUUUAUGUGCACUAUAUCUCCAAUGUAACAAUAUCUCGGAGAUUAAAAAUUUAGAAGAAGUCAAGAAUCUUAAGAAACUGUAUCUAGGAAAUAACGAAAUCUGUGUUCUUGAAGGUCUCAACCAACUUGGACAAUUGGAAGAGCUCCAUAUAGAAAAGCAAAAUUUACCUAUGGGCACAUCACUUUGCUUUGACCCGAGAAGUAUAAUGUGCAUAUCGAAAUCACUUAAAGUACUCAACAUUUCGGACAAUGGAAUAGAAUCUCUGUCAGGUUUAAUGCCCUUGCGCCACCUCACUUCUUUAUGUGCCUCAAACAAUAGAUUGAAGGAUAUCGAAGAAACAUGUGAACUAUUAAAAUUUUGGUUCUACUUGAAGAACGCAUGGUUUCAAGGCAAUCCAAUCAGUAAGAAACAUCGAUAUCGUGAAGAUAUAAUAGCAUCGUCUUAUUGUCUUGAUUUCUUGGACGAUAAGCCUGUCUCACCAUCCUCUAGGAAUUUCAUCAAAUGUUUGGAAAAUAACAAAUUGAAAAAAUCAAGUAGACCUUCCAUUGAUCUUACACAAAUCGUUGCAAGUGCGCCAGAUAAUUAUCCACCACCAUUGAAAAAUGCAGUGUCUGCAUCUCUGAUACAUAGCCAGUUACAUAUUUUCGGUCCUUUGGAUGUUCACAUUAAAAAUCCAAUUUCAAUUGUACGAGGCAAACCGAGACUGAAGAAAAAACCACCUCAUAACCGACUCAACAAAGAAGACUCUCAUUCAUUUCCUGCAUUAUUUGCCUAUGGAAUGGGAUCUGCUUGGAAGUGAUCAUUUUCAUUAGAAAAAUAUAACCAUACCUGAUCGAUAAUGUAAUUCUAAUCGACUACAUCUGAGAUUAAAUCAAACGAUAAAUUUUAAAA